UGGAGAAAUGAAAGCUGAACAUGUAGAACAUAAGAAUAUGGUCCAAAGAUUGAACUCUCAUGCUCAUUUUACCAGGCUGUCCAAUGAAUAAAGUGCGCUAAAACUGAAGGAGGUGGACUUCAUCAAAGGGAGGGUGAAUCCUACGAGUUGAGCUUCCUCCACAGCGAGUGAGAGAGCGUGAAGAAAAUCUUUACGAAGACUAGACUUUCCCAAAGUCUUUCCUCUCAGUCUCCGACUAGAACAUGGACAGGCUUCGGUGGAAACAUGCACAUCCAGCACCACUUCAUUUAUGGCACAGAAGAUGUCACAUUUGUUCCUGAAGUGACGGCUCGUUAGUUCUGCCCUUAAAGGAAAUCAACAUGGGAAAAGUGCAAUCGAAAGCCGGAGAUGUUUUCAUGGAGGCUGAGUGUAUUGGUGAAGUGGACAGAAACAAACAGGAGGGAGACACCUUUGAGGGCACAGCAGCGUCCAGCGCAAGACCUGGCGGCCCUAGAGAAACCUCCAGAGGCAUCUGCGACAAAAACGGGUGAGAGCGAGGCCUUCAACAUCACUGCCGGAAACCAGAAGCGCAGGAGGAGACGCCGCCAGUAUGGAGAGAAAGAGAAGGAAAGGCAGGUGAAGAGAAAGGUGAAGAAGGAGAGAGGGAUGAAUGCAGUAGGAAAAAAUAAAGACGAGGCUGACGAAGAAAGAGAGACACUUAACCCUGAAAAGAGAAAGGAUAGAGGACAUGCGCUGCAGAAAAAAAGAGAGAUGGAGAGUCUAGAAAUUGUGAUGGAGGGAGGAAGCGAGCAUAGAGAGGUUGGAGAAAAAAAGAAAAGGAAGAAAAAACUGAAGGAGCAAAAGACUACUGAGCCAACACCACGUCUUGUGGAGGCGAAACCUCUGCUCAUUCUAGUCACUCCUCCAGUGAGAGCUUCCUUACUGAAGCCAAUAGAAGGAAAACUUCCAGUGCUUUCAGGAGUCUGUGAAGACCUUCUUCCACCCGCUGCUCCCUUCAAGCCCCUGCCUCCAGUGACUAAACUGCCCGCGUGUCCUCAAAAUCCAGUUCCUGCACCAGAGGAAGUGUCUCUGCUAUGGCCUCCUCUUCAGGUGGAUCCUCCCGAGCCGCCGGCAGUUCCUCCACAUCCCACUCCAGCACCUGAAGAAGUGUUUUCCCUCCGACGCUCCCACCUGAGUCCUUCCAAACAACUGGUGGUGCCUCCGAGCCCCGCUCCUAAACAUGAAGAAGUUGUUGAUCUGCAACAUUCUUCAUCUCAGGUUUAUCCUUCCAGUCCCGUGGGACCUCAGCCGCCCACUUCUUCUCAGUUUGAGCCGCCUCCGCAACUCACGCUCAUUGACAUAGAGGAUGACAUAGAGUCAGAGUUCGCGGACUACACAGGGAACUAUCAGGCCUGGAACUUACCCAAGUCUGAAAGCCCCCGAUCGAUGGAGGCUGAAAUCAGACCGAGGAAGACGAUUGCUUGGUUGGAGAGUGACAGCGAGUUGCUAGAGGAAGUGGUAGAGGUCCAGGGAUGGCAUCUGGAUGGCGCCGCACAGAACAAAAAAGAGUUGGAGACCCAGCACAAUGCGAAGGUCCAGGAAGUGCCACAGAGCCGAAGAAAAGUGUCCCGCUUUCUGUUCGCCUGGGCAGAAAAGAAGACCAAGGAAAGGGAGGAGAAGAAAAUAUUGAAAGAGAAGGAGCAAAGAGAGAAAGAGUUGCUGCUUGAACGCUACAGAAAUGAUCCAAAACUGAAGCACUUGUUGUUUAAUAAGCACAACCGCCACUACUGCUCCGGAUGA